AAUGUUAGGUAAAUGCCAUGGCGUAUUAAAAGCGUUCACUCAUUUGUUUUCAACAAGUUCGUGAAAUGUUUCAAAAGGAAACAAAACACGAAUAUGAAAAGGAAAAUACUAAAAGCGUCUGCAUCCUCCUCGACGCUCCGGCCCUUUCUCUCGAGGAAUCCAGCCUUCCCCGGUGGCGUGGCUCCCUCCGGCCGCGACAAUGGAUGGAUCGAGAGCCCUGCUGCCGUAGGCACGGCACAACCAACCACCGCCAGUUUCCGGCUCGCCGCUCAAGCAUCCGCCGGAACCGCGUAACCACCAUACUACUUGUACCGGCACCAUCAGUCAUGGACAAGGAAAAGUGGCGCAGGCGCUCGUGUCGUGUGGGUCGGCCGGGGAUGAUCUGAGAUUCCGAAACGACAGUUGCUCGCCAACAGGAAAGAAAACCGCGCAAACUCCCCGACCCCGUCGUCCUGUGCCGCCGGUGUAGAUGCACCGGGGAGCGUCGCGCCAGUCGCCAUGUUGCAGUCGCCUUACACUGAUUGAUUGACGAUGGCAUUACGACGGUGCACUCGUCCAAACGGCACCAGCGCUAUCCAUCGUCCAAUUGUACGUACAAGAAAUAUGUUCGCACCAUGGCCAUGCCAUGCUGCUAUCUUAUCGCCAGCUGGUAGUAAAGCAGAACCAAGGCCGAGCGUUCCCCGUCAUCGGUCCUGUCUAAUAAUUUGAAGAAACAGAGUAGUUGUAUCCAGGAGAUCAGACCAGGAGUCAAGGAGGAGGCACGCACCGUCGUCUCGUCUCUGAGUCGACGCGUGUAUAAAUCUGGAGGAGACGGCCUCGCACACCACGAAUCCUCGCAAAGCAUAACCAAAAAGCUCGCAUUUAUUCUGCGUCCUCCUCCCCAUCACCUUCUCUUCACUCCCAGGACACUGGCCGCUCCCCGGAACCGGUCACAGCAGCCAUCGAAACCACCACAAACACGCGCGCGCGCAUGUGCAAGUUCGUCUCGCCAUCGUCGACCAUGCACCUUCGCAGCCAACUCCGCCGUGGGCGCGUCGCCGCCGGCGCCAUCGUCCUGCUCGGGAUCGUUCUCGGAGCCGGGUUCACGGGGGCGGAUACGGGCACGUUCAUCUACGCGGGGUGCUCGCCGUCCAAGUACCAGCCGGGGACCCCCUACGAGGGCAACCUCAAGUCGCUGCUCGCCUCCAUCACCAGCGCGGCGCCCAACGCCGCGUACAGCAGCUUCGCCAACGGCACGGGCGACGGCGCCGCCGCGUACGGGCUCUACCAGUGCCGCGGCGACCUGGGCAACGCCGAGUGCGCGGCGUGCGUGCGGGACGCGCUGGCGCAGCUCAACCAGGUGUGCCCGGGCGCCUACGCGGCGUCGCUGCAGCUGGAGGGGUGCUACGUGCGCUACGACGGCGCCAACUUCGUGGGCCGGCCGGACACGGCCAUGGUGUACCGCAAGUGCAGCGCCAGCACCAGCGCCGACGCCGGGUUCCUCCGGGACCGGGACGCCGUGCUGGGCGCGCUGCAGGCCGCGCCCGACGGGUACAGGGUGGGCAGCUCCGGCAGCGUGCAGGGGGUCUCGCAGUGCCUCGGCGACCUGGCCGCCGCCGACUGCACGGCGUGCCUGGCGCAGGCCGUCGGGCAGCUCACGGGCGCCUGCGGCACGGCGCUCGCCGCCGACGUGCACCUGGCGCAGUGCUACGUCCGGUACUGGGCCAGCGGCUACUACUUCCGCCCGUCACAAGAUUAUUCGGAAGAUGACGUGGGGCGGACUCUGGCCAUAAUCAUAGGCAUCUUGGCAGGGCUGGCCCUCAUCGUGGUCUUCAUCUCCUUCCUCAAGAAAUCAUGUUAAUUAAUUUAGCUAUGUUGCCUCCUGAAAGAAACUUCAGUUCUCGCAUACUGGCAUGCGGGCCCGAUACCGAACAGACUUGCGAAAGACAGAUCCACACUAGCAUCAAGGGAGCUUCACAAAGAUCUUAAUCUCAUCUUGUCAGCAAUAGCUUAUGUAAGUGAUCUUGGUAGGGCUGGCUGUAGGAGGAUCACUACCUCACUACAAUGGGUCAUCUGUUUUGGUCCACUAAUCAUGGCUCACCUGUUCAUUAUUACCAAAUCAGAUGGCACUUUCUCAAAAGAAAAGAAAAACAUGGCACUGUCAUGCAAAGACAUUCACACACUUUUGUUAUAAUAAUAAUAAUCAUUGCCUUUCAA